UACUCCACUACUCACUACUCCUCCAAGAUGACGGUUUGGAAAGCUCUCUUCCUCCUUUUUUGUAUACUGGACUGCAUGGAGCAAUCCGCUUCAUUACCAGUUGCUCAGACUAAUUCCCUGUAUCUUAAUUGCUUCAAGCAUACGAGGUCCACUCGAACUCGUGUGCAACAGCUGCUAGGAAAAUAUAAGGAGCAGCAGCUGGGAAACGGGCAGUUUGAGGACAGAAGCCGACACUUGAAGGACCUGCCCUCCCUUUCCACUGAAUUUUAUCGGUGGAUUAAUCUGACGGAGUGGGAACGACUGCAUGCCGCUUUCUGGGACAUGCAAACCUACUGGAAUAUGCUGGAGUGGAAGAGAAUACAGCUGGAGAACGAGGAGAAAGAUCAGAAGAUGGUGCAGGAGGCUCGGACAACUCUAACUCAGAACAUUAGGCACAUUCAGCUGGACUUGCGGGACCUGAUUAGCCAAGUUAGCACUCAGAUGAGCUCUUUGAGAAACUCUUGGAUAAGGCCAGCAGCUGCUACGGCACAAACAGCCCUGAACCCAGCAAGCAGGUCCAGGACAGUAUGGGACAGCCGAGUGGAAGGUUACAUCAUCCUGAGGGAUCUGGACCUUUACCUCACCAAGCUGGCAAGAGACUUUCUUUUACUGGCUACGAAAAUACAGUUAUGACUCAAAACUGAAAAAAAGACAACACACACACACGCACAGAGUCAAAGAGAAAAAAGGAAGAAAUAGUUGAACUGACUCUCAGCACUUUGAUCAAACUGGAAUGAUUGUGAUAUUUUUCAUUCAAGUGUUUUUGUUAACAUUUCGCGAGGGCCUCUGAUUAUUGCGAGUCUGCUUUUUAUUUCUUCUACUUUAAGGGCUUUCUUGGGUAUUUCCCAGAGUUUCUG